GAUUGCUGCUUUCUUUCUGUUUGUGCCUCGGAUUUCAUGUUAUUGAGCAUAAAAUUUGUAUUCACGAAGUGUAUUAUGCAUGCGUUUGCAUACAUGAUAACUCUGUCUGCGAAUGUAGAUGCGUAUGUAAAUAAUAUAUGGAUGUAAGUAAAAGUGUUCGUGUGUGUGUCAUGUGUCCAUUUAUGUACCCACACGCUAUGUAGGAAAUGUUUACCACAUACGUGAGCAAGUCCUAUCUGUUCGAUAGGAUAAUGACAAUUAUGAAAAAGAGUUAACAAGAAUUGCCUGAUAAAUGCUUCUCGUGUACUUAAGCGUAGUGGAGGAGAUGGAUUCAUCAGCAGUGCUAUUUAACCAGCUCAAGGCGGCAGAACCAUUUUUCCUAUUAGCGGGUCCCAAUGUGAUUGAAUCUGAGGAGCAUGUUUUUCGAAUGGCCAAGCACAUAAAGACUGUUGCAUCAAAACUUGGGUUGCCUCUGGUUUUCAAGUCAAGCUUCGAUAAAGCUAACAGAACAUCCUCAAAAUCAUUUCGAGGCCCUGGCUUGAUUGAAGGCUUGAAGAUACUUGAGAAGGUUAAAAUAGAAUAUGACAUUCCUAUAGUGACUGAUGUCCAUGAAACUAUCCAGUGUGAAUCAGUUGGUAGAGUUGCAGAUAUUAUUCAGAUUCCAGCAUUCUUAUGCCGUCAGACGGAUCUUCUAGUUGCAGCGGCAAAGACUGGCAAAAUUGUAAAUAUCAAGAAAGGCCAAUUCUGUGCUCCUUCUGUCAUGGUAAAUUCUGCCGAGAAGGUUAGAUCGGCUGGAAAUCCAAAUGUGAUGGUUUGUGAAAGAGGAACUAUGUUUGGUUAUAAUGAUUUGAUUGUUGAUCCUCGCAAUUUGGAAUGGAUUAGAGAUGCUAAUUGUCCUGUUGUAGCUGAUGUCACACAUGCAUUACAACAGCCUGCUGGGAAAAAGCUGGAUGGUGGAGGUGUUGCCAGUGGAGGUCUUCGUGAACUGAUACCAUGUAUUGCAAGGACAGCAGUUGCUGUUGGAGUGGAUGGAAUUUUCAUGGAGGUGCAUGAUGAUCCUUUGAAUGCACCAUGUGAUGGUCCAACUCAAUGGCCUCUUCGUCAUUUGGAGGAACUGCUGGAAGAGCUUGUGGCAAUCGCCAGGGUAAGCAAGGGGAAGCAGCACUUAAACAUUGAUCUCACACCAUUUCGUGAUUAGAACGCCUGAAGGUUCUCUUAGUGGUAAGCACACAAAACCAUUUUUCUUUCAAUUUCUAUACAUCAUUGAUAUCAUUAACUUCAAUAUUAUCAUUGAGAACC